CCGGUUUUACAAGAAUUCGUGAGUACAAUUGAAAACAAUAAAAACAUUCUUUAUCUUUUUACGUACCAAAAUCCUCUGUCUAUUCCACCACGGUAAAUAAUUUAGCAAAAUAGAACUUUGAAGCUACGAUUUUAAUUUAAAUUUUGACUUUAUAUAUUUGUUUUAAGCUAGUAACGAUAUUAUAAAAUUGUCGACAAUGUCGGAAAAUACCCCAGAAAUUUGUGUCAGAUGUAAUAAAUCCGUUAAAACAGGCCUUAAAUGUAUUAAAUGUGGUAAACUGUCCCAUUCUUGCUGUUUAAAAUUAAUGAAAAGUGCUAAAUUUAUGCCAGAUGGUACAGUAAUUUGCUGCGCUGCAAAUGAUGGCACUGUUGACGUCGAACCGAAGAAGUUGGUCCCAAAUGAAAAACUAUUGGACGUUUCAGCUGCAACUGACAAAAUAAAAAUAAAAUACCUUGAGGAAUUAUUAAAACAGAAAGACGUAACAAUAAAAAAACAGGAAGAAUUGUCAGAUCAGAAAGAUCACACUAUCAAAAGCUUAGAGACCGCGCUAACUGCUCUAAAUCAGCAAAUUGAUCUAUUAAAGCAAUCUAGAGUGAAUACAUGUGCAAAUAAGGCAGACAAUUUAAAUUUUGCAAAUGCUCUGAAAUUGACUAACAAUAUUCCAUCGACUGCAACAAAUCCGUCUCAUUCUUCAGGUAAUAAUCCACAAAAUCCUCCAAAAAAUCAAAUUAAUACGAAAAUUACUCCAUUAGCAGUUUCUUCUGCAGUACAUAUGGCUAAUGCUAACACUGUAUGUAAUGAAAUAAUAAAACUUAAUAACCCAAACUCAGAAAAUCAACCUGGGUAUAGAAGACGAAGAACGAACCUAUUGAUAGGCAGCAAUGAUGACACCAACACCUGUCCGUUUAAAGCUGCCGCACCUCGUACAGUGAAGGAAUUUGAUGCUACAAAUUUUGAGCCCGAUGUUGAUAUCGAAGAACUAGAAAAAUAUAUUAAAAGUUUUGCUUCAAGUGCCACUGUAGAAAAAUUAGAUUGUCGAUUUCCUGCAGUGUACGCUUCGUUCAAAAUCACGGUCGCCUUUGAGGAAGCGGAUAAAAUCCUUGUGUCGGAAAUGUGGCCGAGUAAAGUAUAUUAG